UUCGACGAUCAACCCAAAUGAGCUGUCCAAGGAGGACUUUAACAUGACCCGUUAGUAUUGCGAUGGAUGUUGGGAGGGGCGGAGCCCGUCUGAGGAAACGGACCACCUGCCGCGAAUUGGUAGGGACGAUGCCUAACCCCUCCUCUUCUCCUGUGCCUCUCAACCUAUCCUUCUUUUUGCCUCAUUCACAGCUUUCACCAAGUAUGACGCUGAAGACCCGCUCGGCUGGCAAAAGACGCUGACCGAGGAGGAGCAAGCCAUCUCAGACACGGCCCGAGAGUUCUGCCAGGAGACGCUGCAGCCAAAAGUCCUAGAGAUGUGGCGCAAGGAAGCCUGGGACCCUACUAUCCUCCCAGCCUUGGGCGAGCUAGGUCUACUCGGUCCUACUAUCCAGGGUUACGGAUGUGCAGGUGUGAGCAAUGUAGCCUACGGUCUCAUCACUCGAGAGAUGGAGCGUGUAGACUCUGGAUAUCGCUCCAUCAUGAGUGUCCAGUCUUCUCUGGCCAUGGGCGCAAUUUAUCAAUUUGGUACAGAGGCGCAAAAGGAAAAGUACCUACCGGAAAUGGCAAAGGGUAAGAUGGUAGGAUGCUUUGGAUUGACUGAGCCCAACCAUGGUAGUGAUCCGGCGGGAAUGGAGACCACUGCUGAGGAUACAGGCGAUGGUGAGAUUAUCCUCAAUGGUAGCAAGACCUGGAUCUCCAGCAGUCCGUAUGCCGACAUUGCUGUGAUCUGGGCUCGUUGCAAGUGGGACAACAAGGUGCGCGGCUUCCUCGUCGAAAAGGGUACCAAAGGCUUCACCUGUCCCGCCAUCAAGAACAAAAUCUCUCUUCGCGCCUCUGUCACUGGUUCCAUCUUCCUCGAAGAUGUACGAGUGAAGCGCGAUGAGUCUCUCUUGGUCCGAGCUCGACCAGGAUUGGGAGCACCCUUUGAGUGUCUCAAUUCGGCUAGGUACGGAAUCGCCUGGGGAGCCUUGGGUGCUCUCGAGUCUUGCAUCGACGAGGCAAAGCAGUAUGCUCUAGACCGCAAGCAAUUCAAGAAGCCCCUUGCCGGUUUCCAAUUGGUUCAAAAGAAGCUAGUAGAUGCCCACACUGAAGCCGCAUUGGGCUUUGCGGCUUGUAUGCUAGUGGGUAGGGCAAAGGACAAGAGGGGAGAGUGGAACCCACAGAUGGUUUCCAUGGUCAAGAGGAACUCUACGGGAAAGGCAUUGGAGCAUGCGAGGAAUCUUGGAACCAUCUUGGGCGGGAAUAUCUGCAGUGAUGAAUAUGCUAUUGGUAGGCACUCGCACAACCUUGAGGUGGUAGCUACGUACGAGGGCACCCAUGAUAUUCAUGGUGAGUAG